AUGCCCAGCACGAAGCCACUGGCACUGCGGGCUAAUUCCCGCGCCUUGCUGGCCUCCUCUGGCUGGCGCAUCUGCCGGGGCCACCUGCCCCCAGACCACUGUGACGGGCUCUUCCCCCAGCCCCUCAGUCCCUGCAGGGCUCUGCCCAGCCACAAGACCAGCCCCAUGCUGGGCUGGCUGUCCCAGCGGAGUGGGCAGACGCUGAACGCCGAGGUGCAGAACAUCUCACGCGCCUUUGUGGGGCUGAACGAGGAGGUGGCCAGCGAGGAGGGGUAUGACCUGCGGCAGCGCCAGCACUCAGACCCCCAGCUGGCCCCCAGCACCCAGCAGCUGUACGAGAUGAAGACCAAACUACGCUGCACCUAUGUGAUCGAGUUGGGCAUGCAGCGCUGCCGGGACUGGUUCAGCACCAAGCAUGAUGCUUGCAUGGCACGAGUGGUUGUGCCCCUCAUCAGCCACCUCCUCUGCCUACCCAUGAAAUUCAAGCUCCUCUGCCACAUCGUCAAGAUCAUGCACAGCUGGUGCUGGGACAAGAUCCCGGUGGAGGGCAACUUUGGGCAGAUGUACGACCUGGUGAACAACUCCGUCAGCAACCUCAGCCAGGAAUUCAGUGCCAGCGUCGUCUUCCAGGAGGAACACCAUGAGAUGCUGCUGGGUGCCAACGUGUCAGCGGAGCAGCUGAUGGAGGAGGUGACCUUGCACCUGCAGCAGCAUGGUGCCCACCUGGGCCAGGCCAUCUCCUUCUUCCGCCUGCUGCUCUCCUGCACCUUCCUCCUCGUCUUCAUCUCGGCUUUCUCCUACACCAAGCAAUACUGCCGGGAUAUCUGCUUCGACAACCUCUACGUCACCACCUACUUCCGCCAAAUUGAUGCCCGCCGCAGAAAGCAGCACAAGCGGACGCUGCUGCCCCUGCGCCGGGCAGAGGUCUCAGCCGUCAUCUUCCCAUGCCGCUUGGCCGUGCAGCCACCUGAGCUGCAGAGCAUGGUGCUGGAGCUGCUGGAGUGCAUCCCGCCCGUGCUCCUCCUCCUCCUCGCCUGCGGUCUGGACCACACACUCUUCACCAUGCUCAGCAUCAUCCAGCAGCACUCCUUCGUGCAGUACUCCUUCCACAGCAGCCACCACUUGGCCGUGCAUGUGACGGGCACAUCCCUGAUGGCUCGGCUCCUGCGGAGCACCAUCGGGGCCCUCAAUACCUCCUCCGACACCCAGCUGGAGACGUCCAACCUCGCCUGCCUGCCGCAGCCCCAGGGCAUGACGAGGCAGCAGUACGUGGGCAGCUGCCUGCCCCUGGCUGUGCUGGUGCUGCUCUGCCUGGCCCAGGUCUACACGUACCGCCUGCGCCGCGCCAUCGCUGCCUUCUACUUCCCCAAGCGGGAGAAGAGCCGCGUGCUCUACUUCUACAACAAGCUGCUGCAGCAGCGGCAGAGCUUCGUCCACCGGCAGCGGAAGCGCAUCGCCCAGCGGGCACGGCAGCACCCAGGACUGGACCAGGUCUGCCCCGUGCCUGCCUGUGGUGCCCAGUACUGCAGGCUGUGCUGGAGGGAGGUGGGCAGCGUGUGCCUCGCCUGCACCCCUGGGGACCCCAGCCUCACCCAGGACAGCAGUGACGAGGAUGCAGGGUACGCAGCCUGA